AUGCAGAUUAUUGCCUUUAUUUCCUACCUUGCUGUCGCAGCUGCUGCGACAGAUGUGAUCACCGCGAGGGUCUAUAAUCAGAAGAAUCUCAAAGGUUCACACGAAGACGUCCAUGGCUACGGGUGCGGCAAUGUCGGAUCCAGCAAGUUCAAAGUCAACAGCAUCCACCUUCGUCGGAGCACGUUCUGCUACUUAUAUGAGAAGAAGAAUUGCAAAGGUUCUAGCAUUUAUGUAUCAAGAGACGUUAACGAUCUGCACCUCGACACAGUGAACUCGGUCCAUUGCGUCAAUAAUCCGGACAAGUCAUAG